AUGGAGGAGGCCAUAGAAGAAGCUAUCGUCGUGGAGAGUGGGAGAAAGUUUGGUGGUGUGGAGGAUGAGCUUGACUGCCAGAGACCAGAAGUGCACGAUCCCCAGGUGCUUGCAGAUGCGAUGAGCGGAAGCAUGCCCACAUUCAGUACAGCACCCCCUCUUCAGGAUGAAGACGACGGUGAUGCGGUUCAGGCCAGCACACAAGGCCGCACCUCCCGGGUGACUUUUGGUGAUCCAGGAGCAGGCUGCCACCCUGAUCGCACUUUGCCACGCCCGGGCUCGCAGGAGUCUCGGUGCUACACGAGCUUCACCAGGACCGGCAGCGGAAGUCGAAGCGAAGGUGGCCGCUCUACACCAGAAGGCACCGGCAGCGACUGGAUCCGCAGGACGACCCUGGCGGCAAUGUCUGGAGCUUUGAGAACAAACUCUUCGACUUCCUCGCUGCAGAGGGCGGAUACGCCCGAGCCGGAGCUGUCGACCUUCAGCGUGCCUCCCAGGGAGCCCCGCUUCCCGUCUGGCCGAACACGAGUUGUCAGCGCAACCGUGUACUCGUAUCCCUUCGCCAAGCGCCCCACUGAGUCGAAGACAGCCCGAAGCGUGGAAUCUGGGGGGCAUGUUUCGCCCGUCGGGUCCGAGCAGAAUCCCCGGACACUUCCGGCUGCAGCACGACAGCUCGAGAAGCGCUAUGCCACUGUGACUGGCUCGCCUCAACAUGUUACUGCCAAGAUGCACGCUGCCCCGGAGUCACGAGCGAGGAGCAUGGGCGCAGAAUCUGCAAAGUUGGCGGAGUCCGCGGGGAGCGUUGGUAAGGCUGGCAGAGGCGUAGCUGCGCGACCACUUCAGCCAGCCACCGGACCCGGCGGGUUCGCUGUCGGCAGCUCCUGGCGAAACCUUUCCGACAAGAGGAGACCUAGCACUGCAAGUGCUGCAGGUGCCAGGGCAUCCUCGACCGGGCCCGGAGAAGCCUCGCCUCGGGAGAUGCGUGCAACGGCCAGAUCUGCAGAUGGGCCCAGCAGACACCCAGAAGUUGAAAUAAGUUCAGGGCUCAAGAACAAAACUCCAAAACACCCUGUAGAGUUCCAGCGGCCUGUGCGCCCGACGCAUGUCGUCAUGAGAGCUUGGAGCGAAUGUGACCAUGACGGACGGGAGUGUCGUUCCAAAGGACCUGCCAAGAAGCAGCAGCAGCGGCAGGAGCACGAAUGGGAGCCGCGCAGGUCGGGGAAGGCCCGGUCUCAGGCGGCCACAUUGGACGAGGAGCUGGACAAGUACUUCGCCCAGGACAAGCCAAAGGAACCUCCGGAGCCCAAAGUUGAGCUUUCCCCAGAGGAGAAGCAGGACCGGAUGGUGGCUGCAAUGCUCCUCCGGAGUGCACGUUCCAAGGCAAGUGUGCGCAAGGGGUUGCUCAUGGCCGCCCUGUACACCGACGAGCAUCCGGCAAGCGUCCCUGAGUUUCAGCAGAAAGUGAUUCACGAGCCUGGAACCUCCGCCAUCUCCAAGAACAUCCCGCUCUCCGAGGUGAACCGGCAUUGCACGCCUGAGAACUGCUGGGUGGCGCUGAACGGCAAGGUCUAUGACUUGUCAGAGUUCAUGGAUCGACAUCCCGGCGGUCCCACGACCAUCCUCGCUUGGGCGGGGAAGGAUGCCUCAAAGUUUUUCAAUGAGAUCCACAAGGGCGUGAAGAUCGACGCCUACCUGCGGCCCGAGGCAUUCUUGGGUGACUUGGGAGUGGACGAGAACCUGAUGUCCGACGACUUCUGGCACACGCUGCGCGAGGCCCGCAUCGUGGAGAUCCGCCAGGAGGUAGAGCGCCUGCUCAACCGCUGCACGAAAACACAUAAGGCCGACAGCAUCCCAAGGCUCCUCCAGGACAAGAACGUCGACCCAGAGCUGAAGAAGAAGCUCCAGCGCCUCAAGACGCAAGAGCGGGCUGCCUUGGAUGCCGAGGAUUUUGCCAAAGCGGCGGAGGUCAAGCGGGGCAUGGAGGAGCUGCUUUCGCACGAGGACCACGCGCACAAGCACGAUGUACCCAUGGGCUGGACGAGCAGUGACAUCCCGUUGUCGGAGGUGGCCCGGCACAACAAGCCGCACGACUGCUGGAUCGCCAUCUGUGGCGAGGUCUAUGACCUGACGGACUUCUUGCAGCACCACCAGGAGCAGCGCAACUCCAUCUUGGCAUGGGCCGGGCGGGAUGCGACGCCCAUGUUCGACAAGAUCCCUGGCCGGUUCCCCAGCAAGCAGUGGAUGGAGUAUUACAUGCGCCCGGAGUUCAAGACCGGCAAGGUCGGCCCAGAGAAGCCCGUGGACUCCAUCAUCAUGGAACUACAGGAGCUGCACGAUGAGUUGCGGCGCCUUGAGGGGCCCUCCAAGGAGGAAAUCGAGGCGGUGAAAACGGCCGUGAAGGUGCCGGGCAAGACGGAUGCUCCGACGCUCUCAGAGGAGAGCCGCUUCCCGAAGUUGGCGGAGAUCUCCGCGGGCAAGGACCUGCCUUUCUUCUCACGUGCAGAGGUGGCCAAGCACAACACCGCGGAUGAGCCGUACAUGAUCAUCCACAACCGUGUCUACAACCUCAAGCCCCUGCUCGGAAGCCAUCCCGGUGGCGACGACAUCCUGAUGUCCAAGGCAGGCACAGAUUGCACGAAGGAUUUCGAGGUCUUCGAGCAUUCUGAAAAGGCUCGGGUGCAGCGAGACCGCGAGAUGCUGGUGGGCCAGCUGGUGCCUGCAGAGAACACGGACUGGUCGGAGACGGCGGCAGUGCAGCAGGUAGUCGGCGAGGAGACGUCUGAGAUUGGCCGCUACUUGAAGUACAAGGUCACGGACGUCGCGGUUGCCGCCCUGGCCUGGUACCUUUUCAAGACUUUCCAGAACCGCAAGCCCUUGUCGCAAUUCACCUACAGCAGGGCGCUGCGGCACCUUCAUCUCAUCAUGGCCGUUGGCAUCUUCGGGGCUGUGGGCACCGCCCAGGCCGCAUCCUACUCGGAAGGCCAGGCCAAGAAGCAGAUGCUCUGGUGGCACAAGCAGACCGGCAUUGUCAUGCUGGUGGCACUGGUCUUCCGUGUGAUCUUCCGACUGCAAAGCGGCAUCCCACCACGCUUCCCGGGCAACAAAGUCGUGCAGAUGAUCGAGACACAAAGCUUGCGGGCUUUCUAUGCCUUCGCCCUGCUGCUGCCCGUAUCCGGCAUCGCCAACGAGUACUUCCUGAAGUGGGCACCCGGCUCUGACAAGACCGGCAACGCGGAGGACGAUCGCAGGAACGACCGCCUGGCCAAGCAGUCCAUCGAUGCUCACAAGGUUCUGGGCAAGGUGUUGCAGUACGCCUGGUUGCCCUUUCACCUGGGCUACACCACCCUCUACCACUACUCCCAGGGCCGCGGCGUCGUCCGCAAGGCUGAACAGGCCGAAGCCAGCGGAAUGACUGCGUACCUUGAAGAGGACGCGCAGCUGAACAAAAGUGUCAACAAGCGCUUGUUGGCCGGGGAGGUCUCUCAAGCGCGAAGCUUCAACAGGCGGACCGGCAUAGAACCCCUGCCUGCUGCAGCGCCGGACUCAGCGCCAUUGUCCGUGGAGGAACGCGAGGCGAAGGCACUCGAGCAGGAGUACGUGAGAAGUGCGCAUCAAAUGCGUGAGCAGCCACCGCCGCCUCUGCCGAAAGAGACGGCGGCCCCAACUCGCAAGAAGCAACGUGUGGGCACCCAGGGCAAGCUAUUGGACCUGGCCGCCAUGGAAGAAGAAGCCGCACGACAAGCCGACGAAGAGGCGGAGUCAGCCAAUCCACUCCUCCGGCCGCCUCCGAAGCUCGCAAAGCGCAAGGCCCCAAAGGCAGCUGAUGAAGAUACUCGAGGUCUCGUGCCUAAACGCGAGUCUUUGGAAGAACAAGAGCAGAGCCUUUGGCCAAGCAAGGGCAUGCGAGUUCGAGUCUUGAGCGAGACCGGCGAGUUGAAGACGUACCAUUUGCAGACGGGGGUUGUCCGACGCCGUCAUGCUGCAAGAGGUGCCGUGGAUGUUGCACUAGAUGACUCCGACAGGAUGCUGAAGAUGGUGCCCCAGGGCAAGCUGCAGACGUUUGUGUCCAAGACAUGCAGCCGCAUCGAAGUGGUUCGCGGCGGGCACCGAGGUGUCAUUGCUGAGCUAGUCUCGCAAGAUGCCGGUCAAAAACUGGCGACCAUCCGUCUGGGCCGUGGCCAAGCGCAGCAGGAGCUGGUGGUUUCUUUGCACGAUGUGUGCGAAUUCAUUUAA